AACAACCUCGAUUUGAAUGUUGCUCCUGCAGCACAACCCAUUGUUAUGCCUGACGUGCAACCGGAGGUGCCUGUUGUUCCCCCUGAAGUGUCUGCUAUUCAUCCCGUCGUACCUGUUACACACCCUAAUGAACCUGCUGCAUAUCCUAACGUAUGGCAGCCAACUUUUGUCUUUGACAAUCGUCCUAUCACUAUUCACGAUUCUGUCAUGCUCCAUGAUUCUACUGCUGUAGCAGUGGCCAAAGGUUUUGUAAUUCCACGGGAUCAAACAUUCUUAGCGGAUAGGUCGGAUACUGAUGCUAUUAAUAAUUCAUUGGCAUUCAGUAUCCAAGGUGCUGCUUCAGUUUCUGACAUGGCACAACGUUUGAGUGCCAGAAAUGUUGAGCUGAAAGUCUCAAGAAACCAAAUCGGGGUCUUACAGCGACUGCUCAAAUACUACAAACGAAAACACGUGGAUUUGAAGCAGGAGAAUACUCAGCUGAAAAAGAUGAUGUUAUCUUACGCAGAAUACUUGGGACCAAAGAUGCUAGAAAUGGAGAAGAAUACCGAACGUCUCCAGCGACAGCACGAAAAACUCCGGGUCGAUGUUCAGGGGUGUUGCAAGUCUCUCCGCACACGCUCUAGUCAGAAAUAAUUUUCCUGGAGCAGCUCUGAGGAAUCAUCUGCUCAUCAUUACCACGUGUC